AUGGUGAAGCUCGUUCUCAUGGGAGCCGGUGGCAACGUCGGUGGGACUGCGGCCGACUUCAUGCUUGAAGCUGCGAAUCCAGAGGACCACCUCGUGUUUGCCAGCAGUAGUCUGGACAAGAUCCCGGUCGACAAAGUGCUUGAGUGGCGCCGUCGAGGAGUCGACGUGGUCUCUGCCAGCUACGAGGACCGUGACAGCAUGAAAAAGGCGUUCGAAGGAGCAGACGCAGUGGCCACGAUCUCAACGUGGCUUAUCGGAGACCGUCGUCGGAACCAGAUCAAGAAUGCACUUGAAGUCGCGAAGGAAAUGGGCGUGAAGCGAUUUUGCUACACGUCGGGCGCUGGGGCUGGAGUGGAGGCUGAGAAGGAGGAAGAGAUCCCCUUUCUGCUGCGUGACCACCACUUUAUCGAGCAACUGAUCUAUGCGUCGGGUCUUGAGUACAACAUUCAACGCAACUGUCUGUACGCGGACAACAUCCCCAUGUACUUUGCUCCUUCCUGGAACUUCUGCGGGGACAAGUGGUUGACCAACAGUCACGGCCAGAAGGGCUGCUACGUGGCCCGCGACGAUUGUGGCCGUGUCUUGGGCGCGUUGUUGCUUGGCCGGGGCGAGCCGAACACGGUGUACGAAGUGACAGGCCCCAAGAGUGUGUCGCACGAGGAGAUCUUUGAGUUUAUGAGCAGGACGUCGGGGUUCCAAGGGAAGCUGGUCGACAUGCCGGACGAGGAAUUACAGAGGUGGUGGCUCGACCGUGGUCUGCCUGAGGACGUGUACGGCGAUUUCUCGCACCUUCCGAUGAAGUUGUGCAUCGGUGACCUGCUUUGCUCUGGUGAAAUGGUAGCGAACGGCUGCAUGGCAUCGGCUACCGACGUGGUCGAGAAGCUCACGGGACGUCACCCGGUGAGCUGGAAGGAUGCGAUGCUCAAGUACAAGGACAUCUUUCCAAAGUGA